AAACUGCCUUGACAAUAAGUCCAUUAGUUGAGGAGCAGAUGCCACCCUUCGCAAGUACCGCUCCGCGCAGAAGCGCACUUCGUUAGGUAUUGUUUGAAAGCUCUUCUGCCUCUCCUGUCUGCUUCGGUGAGGCACUGGACCACUUUGUUUGUAACUUUGAGAGUUGCAUUAAUGAUAGCGCUUUGCCAACACACUUAAGAGACACCCAUUAGCUUCCUCCUCUUCACCAUCUCCCUCUUCCUUACUCCCUCCCUUGCAACCUCUCUCCUCCCCCUUCGGCUUUUCUCUUGGUGCCUGUGUCAGUUAAAGCUUGGUCGUAGUAGAGUGCGCAUAGGCUUUGAGGGGCUAGAGUUAUAGAUGGGCUACAGGGGGAGAGGACCAGCUCUCACGCCUAACACAUCCACUCGCUUCUCUGCUUACAGCGCUUGAACACCCGGGGCGACUUAACUAGUGCCCCGGUGUGCAAACGCAGAAGGGUUGGUCACGGCGGUAUGGAACUUCGGAGUCCUGUGACAGGGAUUUAAAUGUCUUUUCGCGUUCAGCCGAGACUUCACACAGCACGAUGAUAUGCAAGGUGCUCUCAAGAACCAUCUGAAGGAUUCCAAACCAGUGAGCCGGCUUUAAAUAAGGGGCUGCGUUUCUCCUUGUCUUGUUUGGAAACACCAGAAGAACUGUGUUAUUCACUCAUCAUUCAUGGAUUGUUGUUUUGAUGUGGCACUGAUAUAAGAUAGUCUAUCCCCGCGUUAAGUUAAUGUGUGUUGCAAACAGCUGGGAUAACACACGGAGUGGCGGCUGAUUGAGUCCUCGGUGACUUGUUUGUUUCCUGCAUGUCUGUGGAGAUGUGCUAAAGGUUUUCAAAUCUACAGUUAAUAAAAUGAACAGUUUCACCUUUGAACAGUGCAUGCGGCUUUAGCUCGUCUUUAGGAACGAAAUCCAAAGCUGCUGUUUCUAAGGAGGAACAGUUGUCAUUCCUCACUUCUGGGGAAAUAUUGUGGCUAAAUCAAGAAUUUGCGCGAAGCCGUGGAUCUUUACUAUGUCAGAAUGGGUCCGCUAGCGUACAUCUUUCUCUGUGGAUUAUUACACUUUCAAGUCGACGGAUCCCGUCUUCGCCAGGAGGACUCCCCUCCCCGGAUAGUGGAGCACCCCUCUGACCUGAUCGUGUCCAAGGGUGAGCCGGCCACCCUCAACUGCAAGGCUGAGGGGCGGCCCAGCCCCACGGUGGAGUGGUACAAGGACGGCGAGCGUGUGGAGACUGACAAGGACGACCCGCGCUCCCACCGCAUGCUACUGCCCAGCGGCUCGCUCUUCUUCCUGCGCAUCGUUCACGGCCGCCGCAGCAAGCCCGACGAGGGAGCGUACGUGUGCGUAGCCAGAAACUACCUGGGGGAGGCCACCAGUCGCAACGCGUCCCUAGAAGUAGCCUUGCUGCGGGACGACUUCAGACAGAACCCCACGGACGUGGUGGUGGCGGCGGGGGAGCCGGCCAUCCUGGAGUGCGUCCCGCCCCGCGGACACCCGGAGCCCACCAUCUACUGGAAGAAGGACAAAGUGCGCAUAGAAGAGAAGGAUGACCGGAUCAAAAUUCGUGGAGGAAAGCUGAUGAUCUCCAACACCCGUAAGAAUGACGCCGGCCUGUUCGUGUGUGUGGGCACCAACAUGGUGGGUGAGAGGGACAGCGAGACCGCCCACCUCACUGUGUUCGAGCGGCCCACGUUCCUGCGGCGGCCCAUCAACCAGGUGGUGCUGGAGGAGGAGUCGGUGGAGUUCCGCUGCCAGGUGCAGGGAGACCCGCAUCCCACCAUCCGGUGGAGGAAAGACGACGUGGACAUCCCACGCGGGAGGUAUGAUGUCAAGUUCGACAAAGAGGACUUCCUGCUGCGGAUCAAGAAGUCGUCAGCGGGGGACGAGGGCACCUUCACCUGUGUGGCUGAGAACCGCGUGGGCAAAGUGGAGGCAUCUGCCACGCUCACCGUCAGGGCUCGCCCUGUGGCUCCUCCCCAGUUUGUGAUCCGGCCACGGGACCAGAUCGUGGCCCAGGGACGGACCGCCACCUUCCCGUGUGAGACCAAAGGCAAUCCCCAACCGGCAGUCUUCUGGCAGAAAGAGGGGAGCCAGAACCUGCUAUUCCCCAACCAGCCCCAGCAGCCUGACAGCCGUUUCUCGGUGUCUCCCGGCGGCGACCUGACCAUCACGGCGGUGCAGCGCGCCGACGCCGGCUACUACAUAUGCCAGGCGCUGACGGUGGCCGGCAGCAUCCUGGCCAAGGCCCAGCUAGAGGUCACAGAUGUUCUGACAGACCGCCCACCGCCCAUCAUCCGCCAGGGGCCAGCCAAUCAGACACUGGGCGUGGACAGCAUGGCUCUGCUGAAGUGCCAGGCGUCGGGAGACCCCAUCCCCAACAUCAGCUGGCUGAAGGAUGGGGUCAGUCUGCUGGGCAAGGACUCGCGCAUGUCCCUCCAGGAGCUGGGCAGCCUGCAGAUCAAGAACACCCGACUGUCUGAUUCUGGCAUCUACACCUGUGUGGCCGCCAGCUCCAGUGGGGAGACAUCUUGGAGUGCUUUCCUUGAAGUGAAAGAGGGUGGAGGGUUGUUGGUGAUCAAGAACCAGGAUGACAACGAACUUCCCGGCCCGCCCUCCAAACCCCAGGUCACCGACGUCACCAAGAACAGCGUGUCCCUCUCCUGGCAGCCGGGUCUGGCUGGGGGGUCACCGAUCUCCUCCUACGUCAUCGAGGCCUUCAGCCAAUCGGUGAGCAACAGCUGGCAGACCGUGGCAGACCACGUGAAAACGACCCAAUUCACGGUCAAAAGCCUGCGGCCUAACACCAUCUAUCUAUUCAUGGUGCGUGCUGUCAACAUCUAUGGCCUGAGUGACCCCAGUCCCAUGUCAGAACCCGUGCGCACUCAAGACAUCAGUCCCCCAGCACAGGGCGUAGACCAUCGGCACGUGCAGAAGGAGCUGGGCGAGGUCAUGGUGCGCCUUCACAACCCUGUGGUCCUUAGCCCCACCACCAUACAAGUCACAUGGACGGUGGACCGCCAGUCGCAGUUCAUCCAGGGCUACCGGGUUCUAUACAGGCAGACGUCAGGGCUGCCCUCGCCGGGGCCUUGGCAGAGUCAGGACGUAAAGGUGCCCUCCGAGCGGAGCGUGGUACUGGCCCAGCUCAAGAAGGGCAUCGUCUACGAGAUCAAAGUCAGGCCCUACUUCAACGAGUUCCAAGGCAUGGACAGCGAGUCCAGGACGGCACGCACCACAGAAGAAGCUCCCAGUGCUCCCCCCCAUCAGGUGACAGUUCUGACGGUGGGGAACCAGAACAGCACCUCCAUCAGUAUCUCCUGGGACCCCCCUCCCCCCGACCAUCAGAACGGCAUCAUCCAGGAGUACAAAAUCUGGUGUUUGGGGAACGAGACGCGUUUCCACGUGAACAAGACGGUGGACGCGGCCAUCCGCUCAGUGGUGGUGGGGGGGCUUCAGGCCGGGGUGCUGUACCACGUGGAGGUGGCAGCCAGCACCAGCGCUGGGGUGGGGGUCCACAGCGAACCCCAGUCCAUCAUCAUCGGUAAGGACUUCCGGGACGUGAUUGUGACGGGGAGCAAGAACAACAGCAUCACGGAGCAGAUCACAGACGUGGUCAAGCAGCCAGCCUUCAUUGCCGGCAUCGGAGGGGCCUGCUGGGUCAUCCUCAUGGGCUUCAGCAUUUGGCUGUACUGGAGGAGGAAGAAGAGAAAGGGCUUGAGCAACUACGCAGUUCAGUCCUUCACGUUCACCCCUGCAGUCACAUUCCAGAGAGUCGACGGCGGUCUGAUGAGCAAUGGAAGCCGGCCUGGUCUGAUGAAUGCCAGUGACCCGGGGUACCCAUGGUUGGCUGACUCUUGGCCCGCCACCAGCUUGCCCGUAAACAGCGGCUCCGGGGGACCCAGCGACCUGGUCAACUUUGGCCGCGGAGAUCCCUCUGGUCAGGGUGACAAGACGGGCACCAUGAUGUCGGACGGCGCCAUCUACAGCAGCAUCGACUUCACCACCAAGGCCAGCUUCAACAGCCCCGGGCAGGGCUCGCAGGCCACGCCCUACGCCACCACGCAGAUCCUGCACUCCAGCAGCAUCCAUGAGCUGGCCGUGGACCUGCCCGAUGGCCAGUGGAAGACCUCACUGCAGGCCAAACAGGAGAUGGCCAACCUGGGCUACUCACUGCCCGACAAGAACUCCUGCAACAACACACUGCUUUUCAUUCCUGACUACCGAUUGGCUGAUGGACUGUCUAAUAGAAUGCCCCACAACCAAUCACAAGAUUUCAGCACCACCAGCUCUCACAACAGCUCGGAGCGCAGCGGCAGCCUGUCAGGUGGCAAAGGAGGGAAGAAAAAGAAGACCAAGGGUGGAGCCAAGCCCCCCAAAGUCAACGGCUCCAACUGGGCCAAUGUGCCGCUGCCCCCACCCCCGAUCCACCCGCUCCCUGGCACUGACAUGGAGCACUACAACGGAGAGCACCACGAAGGAGGAGGCUAUGAGAGUGACGGCUGGGGGCCUCCUCUGCCGGUGCAGACCUACCUGCACCAGGGCUUGGAGGACGAGCUGGAGGAGGAAGAGGAGCGGGUGCCGACCCCACCCGUCCGCGGCGUGGCCUCGUCGCCGGCGGCCGUGUCGUUCGGGCAGCAGUCCACGGCCACGCUGACGCCGUCGCCCCGGGAGGAGAUGCAGCCCAUGCUGCAGGCCCACCUGGACGAGAUCACCCGCGCGUACCAGAUGGACAUGGCCAAGCAGACAUGGCACAUGCAGGGAGGCCCGUAUCCCCCUCAGGCCCCCGCUCCCCCAGUUGGCUACAUGUCCAGCACGCUGGUGUCUGACCUGGAGACCGACAUCCCUGACGAAGACGAAGACGAGGAGGAGGAAGAGGAGGAGGGAUACGAGAUGUCCCGUCCCCUCCGUGGCAUGGAGCACACCCCGGGGUCCAGCAUGGACAACCUGGACAGCUCUGUCACCGGGUCCAUGGUGAACGGCUGGGGCUCGGCCUCCGAGGAGGACGACCACAACUACUCCAGCCGCAGGUCGAGCGUGGGGAGCUCGUCCGACGGCUCCAUCUUCGCCCACUGCAGCUUCGCCCAGGCCCUGGUGGCCGCCGCCGACAAGGCCGGUUACCGGGUGGAAGGCACCAGCCUGACCAAGCCAGGUAAAGGCAUGCCCCAUCGGCCGCGUCCCAGCAGCCCUUUCUCCACGGACGGCAGCACCGUGGGCACACACAGCCUGGGCCACCAGAGGGCACCACGCCCAGCCAGGAAACACAGAGGUCUGGGCACGGUUCCCAACCGCCGAGACGCCAGUGCUGACGACCUACCUCCACCUCCGGAGCCUCCACCCUCCCAGGGCGGGCGCAUGCAGGGGGCCCGCAGCGUGGGGAGCAUGGGCAGCCCGGCCGAGCGCAAGGCCGCCUCCCUGGAGCGCCAGCAGAUGGCCGGGCUGGACGAGGUGAAGAGCUCGCUGGAGCGGCCUGCCCGUACCUCACUGGAGCGCCACCGGCAGCCCCACGACAGGUUGGGAUCCUCGGAGCGUGCCCAGAAAAACGGCCCCGUCUCAGAAGAAGUCAUGCCACCCUACAGCAAACCCUCCUUCCCCUCCCCCGGGGCCCACAGCUCCUCAGGCACAGCCUCCUCCAAGGGCUCCACGGGGCCCCGCAAGAGUGAGGGCCAGAGGGGCCAACAGCAGCAGAGAGGGGCCCCCGAACACUCGGACGGGAACUACCUGGGGACCAACGGCCAACCACAGUACUCUGGGGAAUUAUAGUGACCUGAGGAUGGUGAAACAGAAGAAUGCCAUGUCUGUCCUCACUUAAAUGUUUCCCCAGUUCUGUGGGAAAACUGGACUUCAUCCUUUACUGUGUCUCACCAGAAGGAAAGGAGAAAACACGAAGACAACGCCAACAACGGAGAAACGUUGUGGCAAAUCUGUAAAUGUCCAUGUAAAGACAGACCCCACUAUCUUGAUUUGACAUUUUUAUCUUUUCGAGAAGUUAUCUCCCACCUUUCACCUGAAAAAAGAGACUUUUUUUGUGUGAAGACUAAAAAAAGUAAUGAAACAAAAUAAUGGAAGAGGUCUAUCCAGAUUGAUAAAUUAUGGAGAGAAAAAGGGAUUUUUCCUGUAAAUAUGUUCUUAACAUUGUUUUUGCAUUGCUAUGCAAGCCAUUUCUUUUUUUUUCUUUUUUUCUUUUCUUUUUUUUUUAAUUUCUCAUACUGUUGGUUUUAUCAGAUUAUCUGUACUAUAUGUGAAUGGAAAGGCUGUUGUGCCAUAAAGUAAUUAUUUUAUGAUCCUCCAUGUGUUAAUACUUACCAUUAAUUACUUGUUGUUAUUAUGAUUAUUGUUAUUAUUAUUAAUUAUAAUUUUUUUGCACUGCAAUUUUGGUGAUAAGCACAAAAAGCAUAGCUCCUGCUGACAUGAAGAAGCUGAAAGGGGAUCUGUGAAGAGGAGAUUUCUGUACUGUAAACUAAGAGUUAAGAAAAUAUAUAGCAAUGUACAGAGAGAUAUUAAAGGUAGUCAUGGGGGCCAGGGGGGCUCCACAUAGGAAACAGGUGCCGGCCCUGUGUGCGUGUGUGUGUGUGUGUGUGUGUGUGUGUGUGUGUGUGUGUGUGUGUGGGUGUGUGAGCGUGGUGGAGAUUUCACCCUCUGACAGGGGGAUUAGCCAGUGUUUGAUGGCGGGGGUGUGUGUGUGUGUGUGUGUGUGUGUGUGUGUGUGUGUGUGUGUGUGUGUGUGUGUGUGUGUGUGUGUGUGUGUGUGUGUGUGGGUGUGUGUGUGUGUAAGGGUGACGACAGGGCGAGGCUGGAGCAGACAGGGCUGGAUGGGCCUCCGGAGGGUAUGAGGGUUUGACACGUGUGAGGAUGGAUUGUCCCAAUGUUUUUUUUUUCUCCAAGGAUUACAAGUGGUCGAAAUAGAACCCCCCCACCCCCACCCCACCACGCUAUUGCACAGUUGAUCCCCUCCCCAAAGCAUUCUGAUUGCCCUGAAAAGACACAAUUGACCCCCGAACCCGCUAACCCCUGCAGUUGGACAUGAGGUCCAUCAUACUUUGUCAGCACUUGGGUUGGCUGCUAACUGCUAACACUAGCCCUUUGCGAUGGCAUUCGUUUCCCUUCUUUCAUUUCCUUGCUGCUUGAUGUCUGUUUUGUGCUCACUCCGAGUAAAACAUUUCUCUCAGUUGCACAUGGUGAGUUUGGAAUCGGUUAACCAUCUUGAGUUUGCUAAUUCCUGUGGCAGAGGUGGGAAUUAUAAGACGUGUUGUUCCGGGCUUGUGGUCUGUACACCCAAGUGUGUUAGAAGUGUGUUCCUCCCCUGGUCCUACUAGCUCUUCUGUGCUGCUUCUUCUGCUUUUCAUGGUUUAUGUUUGUCCGGAGAAUCACGCUGAGAGAGCUGAAGCACUUGCGGUCAUGCUUCGUGCGUUGGAGCUUUUCUGAUGCCGCUGAAGCGUUUUCAGCCUUGGACCACUAGAGAGAAAAAAAUGGGUGGAAAAA